GGGACGUGAAUUUAGACACAAGUAAACAUGUACAAUUUUUAGGUUAGGUAUUGAAUUUUAAUUUCUCUCCUGAGUUUUGGCCUUUUUUGAUUUAAUAGGAAAGGUAUGUCUGUUGAUACAUUGCCAAUUAGCAUAGGAUUCGGGGGAGGUGCCGAAUUGCUGUUUGGUAACAAGAAAAACUUUGCGAUUUCAUUACCUGUACAAGAAAUUACCAAGUGGCAAAUCUCAGAUCUACUCAAAUGGAUACAGGAUAAUUUAUUAAAGGAAAGACCCGAGUUAUUUAUACAAGACAAUUCAGUGAGGCCGGGUAUACUCGUUUUAAUUAAUGAUGUCGAUUGGGAACUUAUGGACACAAUCAAUUAUGUGAUUCAGCCCAAUGAUGAAAUUGUGUUUAUAUCCACUCUUCACGGCGGAUAGUAGUGAUUUAGUUUUAAUAUGAAAUAUUGAAAUGUUUGUUAUACGUCUUAUUGUUUAGAAUUAAAACCUCUUACUCUGUACAAACACAAAAAAGUGUACUCUUCAAUGAAAGCUAUUGAUUGGCAUUAAAAAAAUAAACUCCCUUUGACCUUGGAGAA